GGGGUAACCUCACGAAAACACGACCAAUCGGACAGUGAGCAACACAUCUCAGUGUGUGUCGGCGAUCGCGCGCUACGUGUUGAACAACGAUGCGACAGACACCUGCCAAAAUAUAAUUUAUCAAUUUUUCAUUUGUUUAUAAAACGCCAGCAUGUGGAAGUGCGUCUUUAUUUUGGUGCUUGUGGGUUUGACUUUCACUAGCUCCGAGGAUAAUGGAAGCCGCGAGACUAGAGGCGUGUUUACGAAGAACUUCUUCGGCGGUGUGUGGGGCAAUCGUCCACCACUCUUGGAGCAGAAUCUCCCGAGAUCCACGUGUACCUGCAAAUGUGGCGAGCGGAAUGAAGCGUCCCGUAUAGUGGGAGGACAUCAGGCCGGGCUUAACGAGUUCCCCUGGAUGGCGAAACUCAUAUAUUUCAAGAGAUUCUACUGCGGCGGCAUGCUUAUCAACGAUCGAUAUGUUCUAACUGCAGCGCAUUGUGUUAAAGGAUUCAUGUGGUUUAUGAUAAAGGUCACAUUCGGAGAGAAUAAUAAAUGCAAUACCACAACAAGGCCAGAGACGAGAUUCGUCCUGAGGGCUAUAUCUAAUAAGUUUAGUCUUCAGAAUUUUGACAACGAUAUUGCUCUUCUUCGACUGAACGAGCGGGUUCCUCUCUCUGAAGCAAUCAAACCUAUUUGUUUACCGAAGAAUAAUUAUAAUCUAUACGUUGGAGUCAAAGCUGUCGCAUCUGGUUGGGGAACGCUCAGUGAAGAAGGAAAGGUGUCAUGCACAUUACAAGAAGUGGAAGUGCCCGUGUUAAGCAAUGAGGCGUGUCGAAAAACCAAAUACACGCCGGCAAUGAUCACUGAUAACAUGCUGUGUGCUGGCUACCCCGAGACCGGGCAGAAGGAUUCUUGCCAGGGUGACAGCGGCGGCCCCCUCAUCACAGAACGGAAGAACGACAAGCGAUAUGAAUUAAUAGGUGUGGUGUCCUGGGGUAACGGCUGCGCUCGAGUGGGUUACCCCGGCGUGUACACCAGGGUUACCAACUACUUGGACUGGAUACGGGAAAACACGCAGGAUGGAUGUUACUGCAGCGGAGACUGUUUCUCACUUCACACUGUGAAUAUGUUGUGGUAUAUUUUGUGUUUUUGUCUAUGCACGGUGGUUGGAUAUGCGCCGCGCGAACUAAAUAGGGGUCCCUCAUUAUCCUAUGAGGUAAAAACGGGACCUGGUCAUUAUGGGGCUCAACAUUUACCACCAUGUCAAGACUGUAGCUGCGGCGAACGCAAUGAGGAGCCUCGUCUCGUGGGUGGUAGAGAGUCUGGGGUCAACGCGUAUCCCUGGCUCGCUCGUCUGAUAUACCACAAAUCCUUUGGAUGUGGAGCCUCACUAAUAAACGAUAAGUUUGUCAUCACCGCUGCGCAUUGUCUGAAAGGGUUUAUGUGGUUCAUGUUCCGAGUGACGUUCGGCGAGCACAACAGAUGCAACCGCGAGCAAACUCGGGAGCAGAGAUAUGUCGUGAAGGUGAUAGCACAUAACUUCACACUGACAGAGCUGAGUAACGAUAUAGCGUUGAUACAAAUGAAUAGGCCCGUCACGUAUUCACACAACGUUCGACCCGUUUGCUUGCCGACUAACCCAGGUAAAGUAUACACUGACACAUUAGCAACCGUUGCUGGGUGGGGGGCUAGAAGUGAGACAGGGAAUUGGUCCUGCACUCUCCUUGAAGCAGAGUUACCUGUUCUUAGUAAUGAGGAGUGCAAAAAAACAAAAUACAACGCAUCAAAGAUCACUGACGUCAUGAUGUGCGCAGGGUACCCCGCCACGGCUCAUAAAGAUGCGUGCACAGGAGAUAGCGGCGGUCCUCUGAUAGCAGAAAAUAAGGAUUUUGCAUCUGAAUUAAUAGGUAUCGUGUCCUGGGGUUACGGAUGUGCAAGAAAAGGAUAUCCUGGAGUAUACACGAGAGUCACAAAAUACUUAGAUUGGAUCCGAGAUAACACGCAAGAAGGAUGUUACUGUAAAUUUUAAUCGCACAUAUUAUAAAACUUUUGUAAGCCUCGCUCUUUAAUUUAA